AAUUAAAAAGUAAAUAAAGUGCUUCAUAGUGAACUUUGUACCAUCACAUCUCCACACAUUUAUUUAUCGCGUUUACCGUUCAGUGUACGUUUCAUUUUUGUUUUUAACAGUACCUACUUACCUACCUACUUUCAGGCAUUCUAAUAAGUGAUUGGUGUGGUUAGUGCGAGAUUUAACAGUUUUUUAUUAGUAUUUAUUGAAAAUGUCGUGUUUGAGUCAAGUUUGUAAGACUGCAGCAUCCACUGCAUUAAGGGCAUUUUCCACCACAAGUGCCUGUAAUGCUGGUGCUCAUGUAAAUGGAUUUAAUUUUGAACUCAAUGAAACCCAGAGAGAGAUCCAAUCGGUGGCUCGUAAAUUCGCUAGAGAGGAAAUAGCUCCGGUAGCUGCGAAACACGACGAAACCGGGGAAUGGCCGGCAGAAAUCUACAAAAAAGCCUGGGAGCUUGGUUUGACGAACAAGGGAAUCCCCGAACAUUGCGGGGGUCUCGAACAAGGCAUAUUCGACAGCUGCUUGAUAAGCGAGGAGUUUUCUUGGGGAUGCACCGGCAUCACUGUAGCCAUCGAGGGUACAUCCUUGGGACAAGCUCCAGUUAUAUUAUCUGGCAAUAAGGAACAGCAGAAAAAAUACCUGGGAAGACUUGUUGAAGAACCUUUAGUAGCUGCCUAUGGAGUUACUGAACCUGGAGCUGGUUCAGACGUGAACGGUUUGAAAACUAAAGCUGAAAAGAAGGGAGAUGAAUAUAUUCUUAAUGGUCAAAAGAUGUGGAUCACCAAUGGAGGAGUUGCUAACUGGUACUUUGUUCUUGCCCGAACUAAUCCGGACCCAAAAUGCCCAGCAAGCAAAGCCUUCACAGGUUUCAUAGUGGAGAAAGACUUCCUCGGCGUGAAACCUGGAAGAAAAGAGCAAAUGAUGGGCCAAAGGGCAUCGGACACCAGAGGAAUAACGUUUGAGGACGUCAGAGUCCCGAAAGAAAACGUUCUGAUUGGCGAAGGAGCCGGUUUUAAGAUCGCCAUGGGUGUUUUCGACAUGACCAGACCACCUGUUGGUGCCAAUGCAACAGGUUUAGCCCAGAGGUGUCUGGAUGAGGCUACGAAAUACGCUUUGGAACGUAAGGCGUUUGGUACGCAAAUUAUCAACCACCAAGCAGUGGCUUUCCUUUUGGCUGAUAUGGCGAUAGGUAUUGAAACUGCCCGUUUGGCUUGGAUGAAGUCUGCUUGGGAAGUGGACAAUGGCAAAAGAAACAGCUACAUGGCGGCCAUUGCCAAAUGCCAUGCUGGUGAUAUUGCUAAUAAAUGCGCUAAUGAAGCCGUGCAAAUAUUUGGUGGUAAUGGUUUUAACAAAGAGUACCCUGUAGAAAAGUUGGUGAGGGAUGCCAAAAUUUUCCAAAUUUACGAGGGAACCACGCAGAUUCAAAAAUUGAUUAUUUCCAGAUGUUUGGUCGAUGCUGCCAAAUCUUCAAACUAAUUUUAUCUUGUUUUUUUUAUUUUGUAAAUAAAGUUUUUUU